AUGAUCUGGGCCACGGUGGUGCAAUUACCCAAACUGGGCAAGGCCUCCCCUGCCUUUGCCAUUUGCAGCGUGGACAAGUGUGGCUGCGUGGAGGAUACAACCUGUGGUGAGAUCGACGACUCCUUCUCCACCCAGGCCUCGGAGCUUUCGGAAGAGGAGCCCCAAGCCAGCACUGCUGUGGCUUCGGUCGUGCGCGUGAAGCCCUGGCAGUAUGUGGAGGCCAAGCGCCAGGCUCGGCCAACCACGCCACCCUCGCGGCUCUCCACAGCGCAGGUCACGGCUGCGCCGGUCGUCAUCAAGCCGCACCCGGUCUCGCAGGUCCCUUCUCCAGUUACAUCGCGAGCCCCCUCUCAAGUUCCAUCGCGUCGCUCUUCGCAGGUCCUCUUGCCACCGGGGCCACCUCGGCUGACUCAGGUCCAGGUCAUCUCAGACCAAGCCAAGCCACCGCAGGGGACGCCUCAGAUCGCAGCACCAGCGCCCGCCCUCAUGGCCAUCCAGGCGCUUCGUGCUGUCCGAAGCUGGGCCCAGGAGCUGCGCCUGGCCGCUCUCGAGCGUCGGAUCCGCCAGGACCCGACGGACCUUGGGCGCCGCGUGGCUGCUGCUGCACAGCUUUGCCGGCUCAGCGAGCUGGACAGGGCGGUGCCCCACUUGGAGGCCGUGCUGUCCGCAUCGGACGACGCGGGCUUCCUCCACCACGCCCUGACCAGUGCUGUCGGGCCCAAGCUUUUCUACCAGCUGCCCAAGCUGACGGCCAAGUUUAUGCGGAAGAUUGCUUUGACCGGCGAGUGCAUGGAAGAGUUCGGGAGCCGCAGCGAGUUCGAGGAACGGGCCACGGUGUAUCACUUGGCCAAUGCUUUGGUCAUCCUCAAAGCAGCGGGCGAGAUGCAGGCAGCAUCUGAGCUCUUUGAGGAGGCUAAGGAGUUAGUGUGGCAGGGGAAGCGCCCGAUCACCUGGCAAAGCAUUCAGCAGACUCCCGCCGUGCACAUCUCCGGGCUCUCGCACCGGCCCUUCUGGAGUCCGAAGCCCCCACUUGCCGAUGUGCUGCAGGAGAAUUACCCGGCCAUUCUCCAGGAGUUUGCGCAGCUUCAGCAAAGACGGGAGGAGAGGCUUGCCGCGUAUCCGAAUCUGGUGGAAUCAGGGGUCUGGGACAUGUUGCAGCUCUACUCGGGUCGACGCUGGAAUCCGGGCCCGUGUGAGCUGAUGCCUUUCACAGCGGCGCUGCUGCAGCAGCACCUGCCGAGCGCGGACGUGCCGUACAUCCACUACAACUCGGAAGAAGUGGUGGUCUUCCUACUUUCUCCGGGGACCAAGGUCAGGCUGCACAAUGGUGGGAGCAACGUGCCGAUCAACCUUUCUCUAGGCCUCGUGGGUUGCAGCGGCUCCUUCUGCGAGGUGGCAGGAACACCGCAACCUUUCGAGGACGGCCGCGUCAUCGCCUUCGACGACGGCUCCGACCAUCGGGUCUGGCACGAUGGGGCGCAGGAGCGAUGGGUGCUGACGGUGCGCGUCCUGCACCCGGAGCUCGUGGCCGAUCCGCGCCGCUUCUUCUGCAGGGCCUUCACGAGGCGGACCUGCUUUGAGGCAUGGGACGCCGGCCGCGCCCGGGCACUGGGCUGCGAGGAAGAAAAGUUGCGGUUUCGGGGCCCGAUGGCACACCUUUCGCACUGA